AUGAGUGCCUAUGGCUAUGUCGCCCAUGGUGGCAGAGGUGGGGGGUCGCCUUAUACCAGUAACAUCGUCGAUUCGUACCCGCGCAACCUGUCUGGCCACUUUGAAUACAUCGAUGCUGACCAAGGCAUCUUGCAAGAUCCACAUCGCCCCUCGGUAGCCAGACUUCACUCCAAUCUGGAAGACCCCGAAGCGCCUGAUGUUAUCCUGAUUCGAUAUAUGGCCUCCAUCAUCCCCGUCGAAUUUCCCCCUUACUCAAUCAGCGAAGAAACUGCAUAUGUUGGUCAGCUACGACAAUCGGUUGCGAACUAUCUGCAAACCGAUCCAAGAAGAGUCAGGCUGGUGUAUAAGAAGCGCGACCUGAAACACGACAAAUGGCCCCUGAGGAAAUACAAUAUGAAGCAAAAUAGCGAAGUUGCCGCCAUCAAAACAGAGAGUAUGCUGGACUACAGCGACAGGGAUAGCCAUUCAUCCAGUGGAGAAGAUACAGAAUCAUCAGUCAGCAACGUCCGCCGACGGCCCCGCGCCCUUUCGUCUGUUCGACAUCGAAGCGAUGAGCAACUCCCACGACAGAGUGAUUACCGACCCGCCGCAGAUUCGGCAUUUCUCAGUCCAAAUGACCAUGCCCCGUCUCCCAUAACUUCGGAGCGACAAUCUCGCUCAACUUUUCAGCCUGAACUUGACGAACGAUACUAUCGCCGAGAACCUUCACGCACAAGAGGAACAUCUCCGCGCCCGGCACCCACAUCACCGCCAGCGCCAGCGCCACCUCAAACACCUAUUUUUCCUCCAGCCGAUCCUCAUAGCCCUCUUGGCAAAUUGCAAGCAUUAUCCAAUACGUUCCAUAUGCAGUGGCUACCUCUAUGUAAAAAGUUCAUCAACUCUCCUCCCUCAGAUGCUGCAACAAGGGCCAAAGAGCAUCGUAGAUUGAGCGAAAGCGUCAUGCAACAUAUUACACUCAAGGCGGAUGCGAUUGAUUUGGAAGGAAAUGGGGAUGCCCGAGCGCUCAGAAAGGGUUUGAUCAACGAAGUCAAUGAGAUUAUGAAGAGAUUAGAUGCCCUGGCGCGGUCAUGA